AGGAUACAGCGGCACCGAGGCGCAUCCACAGACACACAGGAGCUCAAACUAAAUCUCAGUUUAACUGGAUUCUAUCGUUUAUCUGCCGGAUUUGAUCAGUUCAUCACUUCUACAGAACUGCUCACAGAACCAUGGACUUGUUGCCAGACUUAUGGAAGCAGGACUACUGGCUUCCUCCUGGUGUGACCUGGAGAGACAUGGAGCAGCUGGCAGACUCUGACCGACCCCGACCCCAGGACCUGCUCAUAGCUCUGCCCCUUGCCCUGGGCUUUGUUGCCCUACGAUAUGUGUUUGAGAGGUUUUUUGCCCCACCCAUGGGCAGAUGCCUGGGGGUAAAGAAUAGACUGCAGGUGACUGCUGCCCCCUCCCUGAAGCUGGAGUCGUUUUACACCCAGAGGAGCAGACAGCCAACACAGAGUGAAAUUAUUAGUUUGAUGCUGUCCUGUGGCAAAACCCAGAGACAGAUUGAGACCUGGUUCAGACUCCGCAGGAACCAAGACAGGCCCUGUCAAACCAAGAAGUUUGGUGAAGCUGCUUGGAGGUUCUUUUUUUACAUCACUGCCUUCGUGGCUGGAUUGUGCUGUUUAAUUGAUAGACCGUGGUUCUGGGACCACAAGGAGUGCUGGAGGCAGUAUCCAGUUCAGCCCAUGGAGAGGGCUCACUACUGGUACUACAUGCUGGAGUUGGGAUUUUAUGGCUCUCUUCUUCUCCGGAUCUCUGUGGACAUCAAGAGGAAGGAUUUUAAGGAACAAGUGAUCCACCAUUUGGCUACCAUCUUCCUGCUCAGUUUCUCUUAUUGUGCCAACUACAUUCGUAUUGGCACCUUGGUCAUGCUGCUUCAUGACUCCUCUGACAUCCUGCUAGAGUCUGCAAAGAUGUUCAACUACGGCACUGGCUGGAGGAAAACGUGUGACACACUGUUUGUUGUGUUCGCUGUGGUCUUCCUAGUGACUCGACUGCUGAUUUUCCCCACCAAAAUCAUACACACCACUCUGAUACUGUCCAUGGAGGUAUUUGAGCCCUUUGCUGGCUACUAUUUUUUUAACAUCCUGCUGAUGGUGCUGCAAGGUCUUCACAUCUUCUGGGCAGGCUUAAUCCUACGCAUGGUCUAUAAGUUCCUGAAAGGCAAGCUUGAAAAAGAUGAACGCAGUGACGAAGAGAGUGAAGUUGAAGAAGAAGAGAUGGAAAAAGGAGGAGAGGAAAAUAUGGAUCAAGGAGAUUGUUACUGGGAGAAAAGUAAAGACACUCUUAACUCCAAACUAUCUAUGCUGACUAACAGUUGUGUCCUUAAUAACUUGACCAACCACAGGUCCUCGGUAUCCGACAGAAUGCGCAAAGCUCAGUAAAGACUGUCUUUAUGUAACGUUUCCGUUUCAGACAUUGUUUUACCCUUAAAAAAAAUAAGCUAUUGUUUUAUUUAGGACUGUAAGGUGGGUGUGACUGACG